AUGGCACUACAAUGGGAAGACAAGGAAGUUAGAUUUGAUAUACCAUAUUCGAAAAUGAAGCUAAUUAACGGAGAAAAGGUGAUAGAUAAACUAGAUAAUAUCGAGGAUACCAAAGGUAACAGUGGUUUCAGAGGUAGACUGAUUAUCACAAAUAUUAGAGUUUUAUGGCAUUCAUCAUCUAGUCCACGUAUCAAUUUAUCCCUAGGAUUUGGAUGCAUCUUAUCUACAAAUACUAAGAUGGUUAAUUCGAGAUUACGAGGUACAACACAGGCUUUGCAGGUUUUAACACUGUCCAGAGGAACUCGAUAUGAAUUUAUUUUUACAAAUUUGGUACCAGGAAAUACACGACAUUUUAUUUCAGUUAUGGGCGUCCACAAAGCAUAUAACUCUUCUAAACUCUAUAGGGAGUUAAAAUUAAGAGGAGCUGUUGUUCAUAACAAACAGCUCAAAAUUCUACCUUUGGAGCAGGUAGUAUCAACUGUCAGUGGUGUAUGGAACUUAUCAAGUGAUCAAGGUAGCCUUGGGACCUUUAUAGUAACAAACGUCAGAUUCGUAUGGUUUGCAGAUGUCAACGAAGGAUUUAAUAUAUCUCUGCCGUAUUUGCAAAUCGAUACCAUUGCCAUAAGAGAUUCAAAAUUUGGAACUGCACUUGUUAUAACAAGCUCAGAGUCGAGUGGACUGUACGUUUUAGGCUUUAAAGUAGAUCCAGAAGAGAAACUUAAAAUACUGUUUAAAGAACUCUCUUCUUUACAUACUGUUUAUACCACUAAGCCUACUUUUGGAGUGGAAUAUAAAUGGACAUCUUCACAGAAUACAAAAGAACACAAUAAUAAUAUAAUUGCGGAAUUUGAAGCAUUCGAUGAAAGUAAAAAUGAAAUAUCAAAUUCUAUAUCUGCUUAUUUAGCUGAUGAAGGUCAUUCCAAGGACAGACUACCAGCGUUUUGUCCCGAAUUGGGACUAGCUGUUGAGUCUAUUAAAGAGGGAUAUACCUUGCAAAAACUUUGGGAAGUCAUACCUUCAUAA